AUGUCUACUCCACUAGUUUCUUCCUUUUCUUUCCCUCUUAUUCCCAAAUUCCCUCGUAAUCUACUCCCCUUUCACCCCGUACAAGAUGCUACUGAGGAGCAUAUCCUCGAAGACAUUGAGAAUUCCAUGAGAAAUCAUUCAAAUCUUGAAAAUUUGAUCAAACUGGAAUUACCUAGUAGCCACAAUUGCCAAAUUAUAUGUCCAGAAUCGUCUAAAAGAGUUUUUAUAGAAGAUCCUCCCUGGAUUUCUGCCCUUUUUUUCAAGGGACUGUAUAAGAUAGCUAAUCGAGAAUUGAAGGUAGAGUUCAAAGAUAUUGAGAAGAGAAAGUAUAAUUUACUUAGGCGGCGGCAAAUUAGACAAGAGCCUGAGGCGUGGGAGAGAAUGGCGGAAGAAUAUAGGAGUUUAGUGAGGGAAAUGUGCGAGAGGAAGUUGGCACCAAAUUUGCCAUAUGUCAAGGGACUGUUUUUGGGGUGGUUUGAGCCCUUGAAAGAGGCUAUAAAGAAGAAGCAGAAUCUGCAGAGGUCGAAGAAACAGAAGGUGGCAUUUGCUCCCCAUAUUGAGUUGAAAAUGAGAAAAAAAAAGAGAAUCAACAAUGGCUGA